UCAGAUGAAUUCCAUUUUAUCUCUAAAACGAUUACAUUGAUCUAUUACUAUUAAAAAUGUAUAUUUUCUAUUAAAUUGCCUUUGGUGAGAAGAGAGAAAGUAUUCAUAAUGUACAGGAUGUAAAAAAAAGGCAACGUGAAAAGGAAAAAGUCUUAUCAUUUGGUGGUGGUUCAUAAACUGAGCAAGAUGUACGGGAUUGAAGAGUAUUAUUACAAAGUCAAUCGAGGUUUCCUGAAGACGCUUGGCUUAUGGCCUUAUCAGCAACCAUACAUUGCUCAAUUACAGAAAGUAGUAUUUUCCAGUGUUUUUUUGACGUUUAUUCUUGCUCAGUGCUUAGCAUUUUUUACAAUGCAAUUCAGUACAAAGCUCCUUCUCAGGAUCCUGGCAUUUCUGUUUCCUACUCUUUUCGUAACUACAAGCUAUUGCAUUUUCGUCAUACAGGCAAAGAGUGUAAAGCUGCUCCUAGAACAGAUACGAAAUGACUUAACUCUGUUAAAAAACAAAGUGGAAAUUGACAUUAUCAAAAAGUAUGCUGGCGGUAUGAAAUUUAUAACAAUGACUUCGAUCGUGUCUUCUUAUGCUGGUACAGUCUGUUACGUAAUGUCACAAUAUCUUUUACCACUGAUGCUUGAUGUCAUACUACCGUUAAAUGCAUCACGAUCUUUAGAAUUCCUUGUAAUCACGGAAUACUUUAUCAAUCGCGAGAAAUAUUUUUGGCUACUACUCUUCCAUGAAGUGUUUACCGUUUAUUUGGGACUGACCACAAUAUGUAGCACUGGUGGAACAACAAUAAUGUACUUUCUACACUCAUGUGCACUAUUUAAAGUAGCAAGCUAUCGAAUAGAAAACGUAGUCGAUAAGAAUAUAUUAGCGGGCCCUGUUCCUACAAGAAUAUGUCUUCUUCAGCAGAGGGUUGUUCGUGCAGUUCUAAUUCAUCACAGAGCCAUCGAGUAUAUUGAACUAUGGUCAUCCAGUUUUAUGGUACCGUACACUAUUUUGAUCAUAAUUGGAGUUAGUUCCUUAAGUUUUAAUCUUUUCCAUUUACUUCAAUUAGUAAUCGAUAUGGAUGAACCUAGUGAGAUGUAUUGUACGUUUUUCUUGUUGAUAACUCAUGUUGGCUACAUGUUCGUCCUUAAUUAUGGUGGACAAGAAGUACAAAAUCACGGAAUGCAAUUAUUUGAAGCGAUUUAUAAUGGAUUGUGGUAUACAGCACCGUUACAUACGCAAAAAUUGCUAUUAUUUCUGAUGCAAAAAGCAACAGUGAAAGUUAAUGUAGUAUGCGGCAGUAUAUUUAUUGCGUCUAUGGAAGGUUUUGUCACGCUUGUGAGUACAGCAGUAUCUUAUUUCACAGUGAUGUACUCCACGCGGUAAUAACGAAUCAAACAAAAUUAUGUUUUUAAUCGAUUUUGUACAGUAACGAAAAACUAUGUUUGUAUCGCGCAUACACCGUAUAAAUAUGUUAUACAUAAAACUUAAAUUUGUUAUGGAUAUGAUAAAUGUAUUAUAAAUGUAUAAUUAUUAAUUUCUUUAUUGUGUGUAUGAGUGAUGACAAGGUAGUAUAGUGUAGUUUUGCGACAAUUGCUCAAUGUUGCAAUUGUUAUUUUCCUUUUUCUUCUAGUUCUUAUUUUAUGUUUAUUUCAACUGUGGAAAGUGAUUAAUUGUGAUCUCGGAGUUUAUCGGAAUAUGUUUAUAUAUUUGGCAGAAUAUUUAUUUGUAUCUAAUAAAAGAGAUUUUUCUAAAAUACA